UCCAGAAAGAAGUAUAUUCUUUUUCAUUUGCUUUACAUUAUUCUCUAGUUUCAGCGAUUGGCAGAACUGUCGAUCGUUUAACAUAUCGACCAUGUAUAAUUAUUGUAUUGGUGUGUACAUAUCAUUUUCCUUUUAGUCUAUAUUCAAUAAGUGUCAACAACAAGUUGAGCGCACCUUGAUAGCGAUAGCACCGUGAAGAGAAUGACAGUUUGAUAAAAUAGAUUAAGAAGGAAUAAAACAAAAUGGUUUGAGAGUUAGGCAAACGCGCGUGAACUGAACGCCGCUUAGUUAAUAAAUACUUAUUUACGUAAUUACAGUUACAUUCUGUUCCAAAAAGUUACUUUGAUUGAACUUGAACUAUAAGUAAUAGUGUUUGUCACUGAAUUGAAUUAAUAUUUAUCGCUUAACCUAACUUAUUCUAGGAUUGUACUGUUCGAUAAAUAUCUACAGUUCUCUAAAUCCAUCUAACGUAACGAAUCAUUGAAGCAGCAGUAGAUCCAUGAGCUACAUCUGAACUAAAACAGUAGCAAUUUACUAAACAGAUUUAAAAUCUUCCCUGUGGAAAUAAAGGGACUAUUACAAAUCCGGAAAGGCUUCUUAAUUGUCAGAGAAACAACAUCUUUUAAAUCUGUUUAUGGCCAUGUCUGAGGCUGCUGCUGCUGCCAACCUUGCCUAUGGUAAAAACAAUGCCGGUGCGGUUGACACUACUACUGGUGCUAUUGUUAAUUCCGAGAAUCAAAACGUUACUGGUCACAGCUGUCGAACGUGUAAGCAAGCUGAUAAUAGCAGGAUGGUGCAAUGUGACGAUUGUGAUGGCUGGCACCAUUUCACUUGUGUUGGUGUUUCUGACGAAGUGGAAUAUAACGAUUGGUAUUGCAACAAAUGCGCAUCCGUUAGACUACUGAAGGAAAAACAGAAGUACACUGGCACUAAAUCGAAGAAAUUCAGUGCCAAACCCGCGGAGGAAGAAGACAAGAAGAAGGUUAUACCUAGGAAACUUAAAGAAAAGCCUAAGAAGCAGAUUGAAAACGUUCAAACACGAAAUGUCCAAGUUUCAGUAUCGAUGCCAGAUGGAAGACUGAGUAAAGCCAGUUCUGUAAAAUCAACAGCGUCUAGAAAAUCCACAAAGGCCGUGUUAGAACUAAAACUUCGAAAACUCCAAGCCGAGCAAACGCUUCUGGAUGAAAGGCGAAAAUUGUUGGACAAACAGUAUAGUGUCAUGAAGGAACUGUCAGAGUUACAAAUUGAGCAAGAAGAUGAAAAUAAUGAUGUUUACCAUAACUCCAAAGUAAACGAUUGGUUGAGUGAAAAUCCUACACAGCAAGUUUCCGUGCAUACCGAUUCGGAAGAAAGCGGUGAUAGUUUCUUGGAAGAAGACAGUGAUAGAAAUUCAGAAACAUUCGAAAAUAGCACAGAUGAUGCUGGAUCCGAUGAAGCUUCCGUCUCAAAACGAAGUUUCAAGCCAGAAUUUCUUUCGACACCGAAAAAAGGGAAGUCCCGACACAAGAGUAAUAAGCAUUUUACAGUUACAGGCAGCAACCAGAUUUCCUGUCGUCUGACUCGUAACCAACUAGCCGCUCGCCAGGUUAUCUCUAAAGAGCUUCCGAUUUUCGCUGGAAACCCAGAAGAAUGGCCAAUGUUUUUCUCUACAUUUGAGAGUACAACGGAAAUGUGUGGCUUCCGAAAUGAAGAAAACAUGAUACGCCUGAGAAAUUGCUUAAAAGGUAAUGCACUCACAGCCGUAAGAAGUUUUCUUCUUCAUCCUUCAACAGUCCACAGAGCGAUCGAAGCACUCAAACUUCGAUUCGGUCAGCCACACACCAUCAUAAACUGUUUAAAGGAAAAAAUCCUGUGUAUGGCGCCCUUGAAAUCAGAUUCGAUGGAUAAAUUAAUAGAUUUCGCGUUAGCUGUACAAAAUUUGUAUACCACUAUUGAAGCAUGCGGGCGUAAGGAAUAUAACUGUGACGUUUCAUUAUUGCAUGAACUCGUGAAAAAACUCCCCCCGUCUCUUAGAUUGGACUGGGCCAGGCAGACUAGAUCACUUCGUAAAGUUAAUUUGGCCAAAUUCGCUCAUUGGAUUUAUGACCUAGCCGAAGAUGCUAGUCUCAUUAUCGAACCACAAGCAUUAUAUGAUAAACAAACACCGCGAGGAAGGGCCGCGUUGAAUAUGCACGCGGAAAUGACAUCAACAGAAGAUGAAUUAUCGAACCAUGAGCCAUCAGCCGGGAAACAUAAUUUCAACGCUUGUAUCGUAUGUAAAGGAAACUGCAAGUCUCUAGAAAGCUGUAAAGGAUUCGUUGCCUUACCUUAUGACGCAAAAUGGGCCGUUGUUCGGGAAAAUAGGCUGUGCCGAAGGUGUUUACUACCUCAUAAGGGUAAUUGCGAUUCUAAACCAUGCGGCAGGGAGGGUUGUGUUUAUAAACACAAUUCACUGCUUCACAAAGUCUUAAAUGGAGGAACCGCAAAUGUUUAUCCAUCAGCAAAUUCUCCAUCAUGUAAUACACACAGAAUCUCUGACAGCUCAACUCUUUUUCGUUACGUACCAGUUGUCUUAUAUGGUAAAAAUAAAAAUAUCAAAUGUUAUGCGUUUUUAGAUGACGGUUCUGAGCUUACACUCAUAGACCAAGACAUAGCAAAUGAAAUUGGUCUCGAUGGAAUUCGUCGUCCGCUUUGUUUGAAGUGGACCGGCGGCACCGAAAGAUAUGAAGCUAAUUCUUGUAGUGUAAAUCUUCAAAUAUCGGGUCAGAAUGGGAGACGGUUUAAUCUUGACGAUGUACGCACUGUCCAUGAGCUCCAGCUGCCACAGCAGUCAUUGGAUGUAGAUCAACUACAAGUUAAGUAUCCAUAUCUUCGAGGAAUACCAAUAGAAUCGUACACAAAUGUUCGUCCAAAGAUUCUAAUUGGGGUGAAACAUGCUAGCGUGUCACUCGUGCGUAAGAGUCGAGAAGGAACUGCAACACAACCGAUUGCUAUUAAAACAAAUAUUGGUUGGAUUGUUUAUGGAGGCUCCCCCACACACACGUCGUUCAACAUGGUGCACUAUACUAAUCAUGUAUGUGUAUGCGAUCAUGAGUACGACGAUAAUUUAAACCAGACAGUCAAAGAUUUUCUGUUUAUAGACAAUCUUGGAAUUACGAAUUCUGUAAAUGAUAUUAGAUCUAAAGAUGAUGAGCGGGCUCUUUCUCUUCUUCAAACACUUACGCAGUUUAAUGGAGAACGAUUUGAAACUGCCUUAUUGUUUCGCGAAGGAAAUAUACGACUGCCAGAUAGCAAACCAAUGGCACUUCAACGGUUAGGGAAUCUCGAAAAACGGAUGAGCAGAGAUCGAGAAUUGGGAAAGACAUUGAACGAUAAGAUUGCCGAUUAUCUCGCAAAGGGUUACAUUCGUAAAUUGACAGCUGCUGAAAUUGAACAGAAGUUCGAACGCAUCUGGUACCUCCCAGUAUUUCCUGUCAUGAAUCCCAAUAAACCAGGAAAAGUAAGGAUUGUUUGGGAUGCUGCUGCGUCUACUAGAGGUGUUUCAUUGAACUCAGUACUUGUUCCCGGUCCCGAUCAAUUAGUCUCGCUUGCCUCUAUUCUUUAUAAGUUUCGAGAACGCAGAUAUGCCGUAUGCGGUGAUAUUCGUGAGAUGUUUCACCAAAUACGUAUUCGUUCAGUGGAUCAACAGUGUCAAAGAUUUCUUUGGAGAACAGACGAGAACGAACGGGAGCCAAGUGUAUUCGUCAUGCAAGUAAUGACCUUUGGCGCGUGUUGUUCGCCUAGCACUGCUCAUUUCAUUAAAAACCUUAAUGCCAAUCGUUUUGUUCACGAAUACCCAGCAGCUGUCGAUGCAAUCGUUAACAAUACUUACGUAGACGAUAUGUUGUGCAGUGUCGACACAGAACAGGAUGCGAUCAUGUUAGCAAAGGACGUUUCAUACGUUUAUGAUCAAGGUGGUUUCGAAAUUAGAAAUUGGAUAUCUAACUCUGAACACGUAUUGUCUGUUCUCAACAACAAACAGACCGCAGAAAAAAGCAUGGAUCUUAUCUCAAAACUGGCUAUAGAAAAGGUCCUUGGGAUGUGGUGGUGCACAGCAUCGGACUGUUUUACAUUUAAAAUAAAUUGGUCACGGUUUGAUAGAAAAUUAAUGAACGGAUGUAGACACCCUACAAAACGCGAGGUAUUACGAGUAUUGAUGACUAUCUACGAUCCUCUCGGACUCAUCUCUCACUAUUUGAUGGUACUAAAGGUGCUAUUGCAGGAAAUUUGGCGUUCGGGUGUGGAAUGGGAUGAAGCAAUUACGGCAUCAUGCUUCACUAAAUGGCAAAUGUGGUUGAAGCUUCUGCCACAAGUCGAGUGCUUGAAAAUUCCGAGAUGUUACAAAUCGCAGUGGGCUGAUGAAUCAUCGGAGAUGCAGUUGCAUACUUUCGUCGAUGCGAGUGAAAAGGGUAUGGCAGCCGUAGUUUAUCUUCGUUUCGAUUCUAAUGGAAGUAUAGAAUGUAGAUUGGUGGGAGCAAAAACACGAGUAGCACCUAUUAAGUAUCUAACAAUCCCAAGACUCGAACUUCAAUCUGCAGUUAUUGGUGCAAGACUAGCAGAUGCAAUCGUCCGUAGUCUGACUAUCAAACCCUCACGUUGUGUAUUCUGGUCUGAUUCGCGGAAUGUCCUUUCCUGGCUGAGAUCUGAUCAUCGCAAAUACAGUCAGUACGUGGCAGCACGAGUUAGCGAAAUUUUGGAUCUAACGGAGGUGAAAGAUUGGCGAUGGGUUGCCUCGAAAUGUAAUGUUGCCGAUGAAGGAACCAAAUGGGAACGCCUACCGGAUUUGAGAAACAACAGCCGAUGGAAUAGGGCUCCAGAGUAUAUUCAUUUGCCUGAAAUGAAUUGGCCAACGAUGCCUUUCGAAUCUGCUACAAAUGAAGAACUUCGGGUCCCUGUUAACGUUCAUGUUGAAGGAUAUACACCGUUGAUUCUUGCAAACGACUAUUCGAAUUGGAAACGUUUGAUUCGGGUUACAGCAUAUAUAUUUCGGUUUACAAAUAAUAUUAGAUGCGAGCAGUCAACGCGACAACUUGGAAAUCUUUCGGGUAUUGAAAUGCAACGAGCCGAAGAAUACCACUUCCGUCAGGCACAGCACGAUACAUACUCUAGGGAGAUUUCUCUUAUCAAAGGUCAACGAAAUAUGCCAGUUUCUGCAAAGAAUAUUCCAAAAAAAAGUUCACUCUACAAACUCAACGCAUUUAUAGAUAAGAAUGGACUUAUAAGAAUGAAAGGCAGAGCAACUGGUUGUCAGUACUUAAGCUGGGAAAAUUUAAAUCCAAUAAUACUACCGUGGACGCAUCCGGUCACUCGACUGCUUGUUACGGAUUUUCACGUAAAGUAUCAUCACCAAAAUCACGAAACUGUGGUGAAUGAAGUAAAGCAACUUUAUUGCAUUACUAGAGUAAGAAAAUUGUAUCGUAGCAUUCGAUCGAACUGUCCACAGUGCAAGCUACGUGACACCGUUCCUCGCCCCCCAGCAAUGGCAGAUCUUCCACCGUGUAGGCUCGCCGCAUAUACUAGACCGUUUACACACACCGGGGUAGAUUAUUUUGGUCCAAUGGAGGUGUGCGUGGGUCGCAGAGUCGAAAAGCGUUGGGGUGUUCUUCUAACGUGCCUUACAAUCAGAGCGGUACAUUUAGAGGUUGUUAGUUCUCUCAAUACAAGUUCAUGUAUAAUGGCACUGAGAAAUUUUGUCGCUCGACGGAGAACGCCAACAAAUUUUUAUAGCGAUCGAGGAACAAAUUUUAUCGGAGCAGAUCGUGAACUUAAAGAAGCAUUGUGUGUCGUGAAUCAAAUGAGCUUAGCAGAAGAGUUUGUAUCUUCACAUACAAAUUGGCACUUCAAUCCGCCGGCGGCUCCCCAUAUGGGGGGGAGUUGGGAGCGUUUAAUCCAAUCUGUGAAACGUAAUCUUUCAUCUCUCAAAAUAUCUCGUCGACCAACAGAUGAAGAGCUUCGAAAUGCGCUGAUAGAAAUCGAAGGCACGCUCGUCCAUUAA